CACUUGCCCCUCACCCUCCCUGCCGAGACCAGGCCACAUCCGUCAGCAGGCGGCGCGCGCGGACGUUUCUCCUCGGCAGACGACAAGCAUGGGCUUCCCGGUCGGCUACUCGGAGCUGCUGCUCCCCAAGCAGCUGCUCCACCUCCUCCUCCUGCUCGGCUACCUCCGCCGCUUCCUCCUCUGGGCCUUCGACGCCGUCGGCCUCGGCGACCUGCUGGAUCUCGGGGACGAGCACCUGGCGCAGGACCACGCGCGGCUCGCCGACCACGCCGCCGCGGACGCGCUGCUGCUGCAGCAGCACCACCGCCGGCCCGAGUUCCGCCCCGUCACGGCGAUGGUCAUCGAGGAGGUGCUGCCCGUGGUGCGGUUCGACGAGCUGGACGCCGCCGCGUGCGUCGACGGGGACUGCGCCGUCUGCCUCAGCGGCAUCGGCGGCGGCGACGAGGUGCGCAGGCUCACCAACUGCCGCCACGCCUUCCACCGGGGCUGCCUGGACCGCUGGAUGGAGCACGACCAGCGCACCUGCCCGCUCUGCCGCGCCCCGCUCAUCCCCGACGACAUGGCCGGCGCGCUCUGGGCCUCCGCCGCCGGCGUGCCCGACGCCUCCGACUUCGACUUCUUCUACCUGGGCGCCUCGGUGCCCACCACCCCGACGCUGCUGCGGCCGCACGAGCUGCUGCUCACCGGCCUCGGCGGCUACCAGUGAGUGAGCCCCCCCGAUUCGGUCCAGGCAAUCUGCCGCCGCCGCCCAGAAUGCGCAAUUUUACAAGACUGAAUUGGUCUCCGCGUCCGGACGCCGGCGAGCUGCCUGGCCCCAACCGUGUAAAUAGGGGAAAUGAGUAAAGUAACUGCCCCCAAAAGGGGCUAGGAGAUUAGAUUCCUGUUAUGCAUAGCUAGAUUCCAUCUUCCAACUUUGCGGAGCUGUGGAUCUUUCUGCCAAUUAAAUUUGUUCAGUUAUUA